AUGCUGCCUACAACUGCUGGCCACCGGUGGAGGAGCAGAUUCCUCAUGAGGUGGCAAGAGGCUUGUCUGCUUGGCUGUUGGCUGUCGCUAUGUGCUGCAGAGUCCUUCUUUGCUUGUCCUUCCUCCUGCAAGUGUAACAGUGGCAACCUGGAAGUGGACUGUAGCGGCUUGGGCCUCUCUUCCAUCCCCUCAGACAUCCCCACAAACACCAGGACCUUCCUCUUUCUCAACAACAAACUCAGCAUCCUGCCGGGAGCAGUGUUUUCCAACCUCUCUGCCCUACAGAGGCUGGAUCUAUCCAACAACUUCUUGGACCAGCUCCCUCAGAACAUCUUCAGUGACCUGGGGAACCUCACGGAGCUCCAGCUGAGGAACAACAGCAUCCGGGCCUUGGACAAGGACCUGCUACAACACACGGCCCUGCUGCGCCAGCUGGAUCUCUCCAUCAACGGCCUGGCCCAGAUACCCUCGGGCAUCUUUGACGACCUGCCUGCUCUCCGCUCCCUCUCUCUCAGGUCCAAUCGCCUGCAGAGCCUGGACAGGGUGACCUUCGAACCGCUAACCAGCCUGCAGCAACUCCAAGUUGGGGAUAACCCCUGGGAAUGCGACUGCAACCUCCGAGACUUCAAGCACUGGAUGGAGUGGUUCUCCUACAGAGGUGGGAAAAUCGACCAGCUGGCAUGUACCCUGCCCAAGGAGCUGAAAGGGAAGGAUAUGCGAAUGGUGCCCAUGGAGAUGUUUAACUACUGCUCCCAGCUGGAUGAUGAGAACAGCUCUACAGUGCUGGACAAUACUGGUCCACCCUGCACUAAAGGAAGCCAAACUCCUUCCAAAUCUAAAUCAGGCCCAGAAACAGAAGUGGAGCCCAAUGUGGGAUGCCCUCAGAAACAACGAUAUAGGCCUGUGAGCGUGCGCCGGGCUAUUGGCACUGUGAUCAUCGCAGGGGUGGUUUGCGGCAUUGUUUGCAUCAUGAUGGUGGUGGCAGCUGCUUAUGGUUGCAUCUAUGCCUCCCUUAUGGCCAAGUACCACCGGGAGCUGAAGAAGAGGCAGCCACUCAUGGGUGACACUGAAGGUGAACAUGAAGAGCAAAAACAAAUCUCUUCUGUGGCAUGA